CGCUGGCGCUGGGUUGCGGGUUAUUUAGGGUCUGCUCUUGGCGGGGUCCCCGGGCCAGAGCCGAUGGGCGGGGCUGCGUGACGUGUCGGCCUUGGGCGCCCCGGCGGUCUCGCUGCUCCCGCUCUGGAGCGGGGCCGGGUUCGCCCGUGUAGGGGGCAGUGGCCCCGCCCUAGGCGUGUGGCCGCCCUGUCCCCUCAGGGCGCGGCUGGGCGGACCCCGCGAUCCCACCGAGCUGGGCCGCAAGCGCCUGGCAGCCGUUCCGACACCGGCCGGUUCACUCAGCCGGGCCCCAGGGACCGGCCUGGCGGAGCCCGCGGGGCUCGCAGCGCGACCUGACAGCCCCGGGGCGGAGGCCCUCGCCUGGCGGAGCUGUCGUGUUGCUCCAGUGUCGGGGCACCUCGUUCACACAACGCCCCCGUACAGAAUAAAGUCCUGUCCUCAGGCGGGCUCACUGUAGAAAGGGUAUCCUGAACUCUUCUGGGAUAUAUAUGAAACUAAUGUUUAUAACCAGCUUUUGAAUUCUCAGACUGCUCUGUAAAUGGCUCUGCUGCUGAAUCUCAUAAGGCAACUUCUAGAAUACUUUGGUGUACCAGCUGAUCAGUUCAUACCAAGGUGGGAAGCUUAUAUAGACAAUAGCAGCAUUGGCCGUAUGAUUGAAACAUGUCUUCCUUCAACCCCCUUCUCAAGAAGGCACUUUCAGCAGAUUAUAUCAGCUUGGCAAAGUAAGGAAUAUGGAUCUACGCGAAGCAUUGUUCGUAGACUUGGGACAGUUCUUUCUUUAGAACCUUGUCCAAGACCUCACUUUCAGAUGGUCCAAGACCGGAAUUCUUUGGAUUAUGACGAACGAAGUACAACUCCAAACCCUGUAGUUCCAUCUCUUGGUGAUAUUCUGAGGGUGGUAAAUGAUGAGGGAGAAUCUUUUGCUAGAUUUAGGGCUGAAUCAAGGGGAAAGGAAAUAAUUACAGUUGAUCAUGAUGUAUCUCCAGCAAUAGUUUCCUUGCCAACUGUUCUAAAAAGUAGAGCAGAGAGAGAAAAUCUUGUGAAUGAAGAAGCAAUUAAAAAAAUUUCUGCACUUGAAAAUGAGUUAAUCCUUCUUCGUGCCCAGAUUGCUGCAAUUGUUGCAGUGCAAGGAUCAAGAAAUAGUAAUCAAUCAGGUUCAGAUGUCUUGAAUUCAUUUGGCAUUCCAAGUGGUUCUUUCCCAGUGCCAGCAAUGACUUCUACGCCAUUGUUCAACGCACCAGAUCACUUUGUAAUCCCUCCACCUCCCCCACUUCCGUCUAUAGCACCAUCUGGCUUUGAUGCCAGUAAUUCAGCAAUUGAACUUAUUAAACUACGUCGUGCUGCAAGUAAGACCAGCUCAACAACUGUUGACAAAACUGAACACCAGAAGACCCAGGGUGUUCUUAGUAUGAUGGAUGUUUUGAAGGAUAUAAACAAAAUCCGACUGCGAACUAUUGAGAAGUCACCUGGUGGUACACCUCUUCCUAAGACAAGAAAAAGGCGGAGUUCACAGUGGGAUCCAGCAGCUCUAAUAGCUCAGGCUCUAAAGCAGAAAUUUGCACAUCAAAAUGGCAGUGAUUCAUUGGACAAAGAAAACCGAUCUUGUGACAACUCCCCCUUUUCAAGUCCAGAAGCCCCUCUGGUUGGACGUCACAUUUUGAAGCCAAACUCAAAGAACAGCCUCAUAAAAGCUGAGGAAGUAACACAGGUAUCAACAGCAAAAGCAAGGGUACAUAUUUAACUGGUGGCGCUGUGUGGAAAAACCCAACAACUGGCAUGCUUAUGAGUGGCAGGACCAUUUCAGGAACAAUUUCAUAAAAUGUGUACACUGGGAUAUACUACUCCCAUUCCCCAGGAGCUAUGGUUUAUAAAACUACCUCUUUUGAUUUGAGUGUCCCAAUAGCCAAGCUUGUCAGUGUGUUGUCUGCUUAUAAAAAAUACUUUAUUGGCAUUUAUUACUUUAUAGCUGCAGACCAGAAUAUUUGCAGAUAACUUUUUAGAUACUCUGAAUGGGAAGCAGAUCAUAUAAAAAAGACUGGAUGUUUCUCAGUGUGGAGGCUGAAGUAUACAUGGGAAUGUGGAAACAAAAUAUUAAUAGCUCAGGAAAUUAAGUUUUAAGUGAAGCAGGUAUGUACUAUGUAAUCAAUAUUAAUAUUGUCCCUCAUUGAGAGGGUAGCAGGUCUCUCUGAGCUUCAUCAUAGCUUCCUAAAGCAACUCAGUAUUCCAUGUGCAAAUAAUCUCUUAACUUAUUCUGGAUCAACAGAGAAGUCCUGCUUACUAUGUAGUGAUGGUACUUGCCUUGUUUUAAUUAAGUCAGAUAUGAACUGUGAGUUAACUGCCUGCAAUGAGAGAAAUUUAUGUUCUGUAGCAAAAAAGGGCUCUGGAGAGACUUCUGCUUUCACAGGCAUAGUCUAAAAUCAUUAUGUAAAUAAACAUUCAUUGACUAUGGUGUCUUUCCCUUUUGCUUCCAUAUUUUAGGUCAACAUUUUGUUGUUUUGUACAUAGUUUAUAAAAUAAAUUUCCCUUUUAUGUCAGUGAA